AUGGGCAACGCGUGCGGCACCCCGGCGUCGGGCAGGGAACGCGUUCCCGAGCCGUCCGCGCUGGACGCGCUCAUAAGCGAGAAGGUGAAGGACUACACGCGAAGGCAUCCCGUGGAGGCGUCGAAGACGGUGAAUCAGGUGCGUUCUAUACACUGGUCCCCAUACGACCGCGUUGGCGUGGUGAACGCCGAUCCUUAA